GCGGUUGAACCCGAGGAGAGUCUCUUUGAGCUGCUGUUGUUAUUGAGAGGAUGGGAAGGAGAAGUUGGUGAGAGGAGGCAGAAUAGACGGAGCAGCCAUGACGUGGAGGAGCCCCCUGGCUGUGGUCAGGGAUGCGUUGAGAGGUCAGAGGGCACGGGAGAAAGACCUCCGCAACUUGGUGUCCAAUCUGCCUUUCGAGGGACUAGAGGAGGCGAAGCAGCCCAACCGCUACUUUCUCGGCAACGCCAUCAAGACCACCAAAUACACCCUGCUCCUCUUCAUCCCCAUGAACCUGUUUGAGCAAUUUCACCGUCUGGCCAACCUCUACUUCGUGGGCCUAGCUAUUCUGAACUUUGUCCCCGUGGUGAACGCGUUCCAGCCCGAGGUAGCGCUUAUUCCAAUCUGUGUCAUUCUGUCUCUGACGGCUUUGAAGGACGCCUGGGAGGACUUCAGGAGGUACAAGUCAGACAGGAAGCUCAACAACACACCGUGCUUCAUCUACAGCAGGAGAGAAAAAGAGUUCAUGGAAAGGCGUUGGAAGGAUCUACGAGUGGGAGAUUUUGUGAAGAUUGUCUGCAACGAGAUCGUCCCAGCGGACCUCCUGCUCCUGCACACGGCGGACCCCAAUGGCGUUUGUCUCAUAGAGACGGCCAACCUGGAUGGAGAGACCAACCUGAAGCAGAGGAGGGUGGUGCCUGGCCUCUGCAUCUCAGAUCCUGAGUUUGAACCUGAAAGCUUCAACAGCAUCGUAGUGUGCGAGAGGCCCAACAUCAAUCUGAAUCAUUUCAAGUGUUAUGUAGAGAACCCUGAUAAAGAGAAGGUGGGCGCUGGACUGGAGAGUCUGCUGCUUCGAGGCUGCACAGUGAGAAACACGGACCAUGCUGUGGGCUUUGUGGUGUAUGCAGGACACGAAACCAAGUCCAUGCUCAACAACAACGGGCCGAGGUACAAGCGCAGCAAACUAGAGCGGAAGCUGAACACAGACGUCAUCUUCUGCGUCAUUCUCCUCCUCGUCAUGUGUAUCAUCGGGGCAGUAGGUCACUUCUUAUGGCUGCAGGCUCUGCCCACUGUGCCCCCUUACCUGGUCCCCCAAAGCACGGGUCACCUGGACAGUCCUGCUCUGUCCGGCUUCUACAUGUUCUUCACCAUGAUCAUCCUGCUGCAGAUCUUGAUACCCAUCUCCCUGUACGUGUCCAUCGAGCUGGUAAAGAUCGUUCAGGUUUACCUCAUCACCAAUGAUGUUGAUCUGUACGAUGAGGAGACCGACAGUCGCAUGCAGUGUAAGGCCCUGAACAUCACAGAGGACCUGGGACAGAUUGAAUACAUCUUCUCAGACAAGACUGGCACCCUCACUGAAAACAAGAUGGUGUUUCGCCGAUGUUCCAUUAUGGGCACCGAGUACCCACACAAAGAGAACGCCAUCCGUCUGACUGUCCUUGAUGAGGCGGAGUCAGAGGAGGAGGUCAUCUUCAACCAGCGGCCACAACCCUCACGCACUGGAUGGUCCCUGGAUCCUGAGGACACCAACCCCAAAGACAAACAACAUCCACCCUGCAGCAGACACAAGGGCAGGGUCUUAGGAAAUGCCCAGGGAGACGUGGCCUUCAGUAGUCCGCUGGAAACUGAGGUGAUUCCAGACAGGAAGCUGCUUCAGCAGAUUAGCGGGGCAGAGUGCAGCGGCAGGCGGCUGACAGAUCCCUACCUGGACUUCUUCCUGGCUCUCGCCAUUUGCAACACUGUGGUGGUUUCCAUGGCAACAGCUUCCAGACAGAGGAAGAGUUGGCUCCCACACCACAGACACACAAACAACCCUCUGGACACUUUGUCCAGCCUGGUGAAAAGAGCUGGCUCUUUCUGUCACAUUUUCACCUCCGGGCAGCGCACACCAAUGCAGAAGCGUUCCCUCUCAGAGGACUACGUUGAAGAGGAGGAUAUUAAUCCGCCUUUAAAGAUGGAGACGACUGAAAACACUGAUGACAAAAAAAAAACACGUUCGCCCCGUGCAACCUCAGAUAAUCUCAGCUACGAGGCGGAGAGUCCGGAUGAGGCCGCCCUGGUGUACGCGGCCAAUGCCUAUGGCUUCAUUCUGUUGGCCCGCACCCCCGACAGUGUGACGGUGAGGCUCCCGUCUGGGGAGGACCUGGUGUUUGAGGUGCUGGACACCUUGGCCUUUGACUCCAACAGGAAGAGAAUGUCUGUGUUGGUGCGACACCCGAUCACCAGAGAGUGUGUGCUGUACACUAAAGGUGCAGACUAUGCCAUCAUGGAGCUGCUCAGCACACCAUACGCAGAGCACCUCAGUGGGAGCCAGAAGAAUAUAGCAGCUGAUACUCAGCAUCACCUUGACUGCUACGCUAAAGAAGGGCUGCGGACACUUUGCAUCACAAAGAAGGUUGUGAGUGACAAAGUGUAUGAGAGCUGGUCGCUGAACAGACAGAGAGCUCAGGCUGCUAUAGAAAACAGAGAGGAGCUCCUCAUGGAAACUGCUGUGCAGCUGGAGACCAACCUCUCCCUGCUGGGGGCGACGGGCAUCGAGGACCGUCUCCAGGAGAAUGUCCCAGACACCAUCGUGGCGCUGCGGGAGGCAGGGAUCCAGGUGUGGGUGCUGACCGGUGACAAGCCGGAGACAGCUGUCAACAUCAGCUAUGCCUGCAGGCUGCUGGAAGAGGAGGACCUGGUGAUUAACAUGAGCUGCAAAAACAAGCUCAUUUGUACAUCCAUCCUGGACAGUACUCUGGAGGAGGUGAGGCGGUACGGGGAAGACCCUCGCAACGUGGACACGACCCCAGACAUCUCUCUGGUGAUCGAUGGACGCACCCUGGCCAUGGUCCUGUCCUUGGACCUGCAGGACCGCUUCGUGGACCUGGCGAAGCGCUGCCGCUCCGUGCUCUGCUGCCGAGUCACGCCCUUGCAGAAGAGCAGCGUGGUGAAGCUGGUGCGGGAGAAGCUCAAGGUCAUGACACUCGCUGUCGGCGAUGGUGCAAAUGACGUCAACAUGAUCCAAGCAGCUGAUAUCGGCAUCGGGAUAUCGGGUCAGGAGGGCAUGCAGGCGGUCAUGGCAAGCGACUUCGCUAUAUCUCGCUUCAAACACCUGAAGAAACUCGUCCUGGUUCACGGACACUGGAGCCACACUCGACUGGCCAACAUGAUCAUUUACUUCUUCUAUAAGAAUGUGGCCUACGUGAACCUCCUGUUCUGGUAUCAGUUCUACUGCGGCUUCUCCGGCAUGGCCAUGAUCGACUACUGGCUGAUGAUUUUCUUCAACCUCUUCUUCACCUCCGUACCGCCCGUCAUGUUCGGGAUAAUGGACAAAGACAUCUCUGCAGAGAUGCUGAUGGGUGUUCCUGAACUGUACAGGACUGGACAGGGUACAGGGGACUACAACCGAAAAACUUUCUGGAUCUCCAUCCUCGAUGCCUUCUAUCAGAGUCUGGUCUGCUUCUUCAUUCCAUACUUGGCUUACCAGGACUCAGACAUUGAUGUUUUUACCUUUGGAACUCCUUUGAACACAAUCUCUCUAUUUACCAUCCUGCUGCAUCUGUCAAUAGAGAUCAAAACCUGGACGCUGGUUCAUUGGGUAGUGAUGCUGGGCAGUGUGGCGGCUUACUUCAUCGUGACGCUGGCCUACAGCGCCAUCUGCAUCACCUGUAACCCUCCGUCCAACCCGUACUGGAUCCUCCAGAGCCAGAUGGCCGACCCCAUGUUCUACCUUGUCUGCAUCAUCACCACUGUUGUGGCUUUGCUGCCCAGGUACGUGUUUCACGUGCUGAGGAACUCUAUCGCCCCCUCCCCGCUAACACAAGCCAGGCAUCUAGACCGGCUGGACCCGUCCUCAAGGGACCAGUGGAUCAAGGAGUGGAGGAGCUUCAGGGGCGGAGGGCAUGUCAAACGCUCCAGGCUGUCUACCCCACCCUCUCCCACCCUGGAGACCCCUGUGGACAUUUAUCCCCAGUCUCCCACCGCAUCUGAUAUCACCGAGGAUGAUUUUACACUGAAUGUCAUCACAAACUAUCAGAGGCCUGGACACAGAAGGAACAAAGACGUGGUGGCAUCAUGACAGGGGACAGCAGCCUGGUUAUUUAUUUAGAAAAUUGUAAAUAAUCCGCAUUGGCUCAUAAGUUGAGACAUCCCAGUGUAAUGUCUCCUUUUGUGGUGCUGGGAGUGGUGGUCUUACAUAAAUGCAGUUAGAAAGAAUCACUCCUCUAAUUCUUCAACUUGUGGCAAAUCAUCGAUCAAUGUGAUGCGUUCGUUUUGUAAUAAACUGCUCGACAAAAAGCAGGCAGGCCCACUCCUCUUUACACUCAUCAUAACAAGCUGCCACAGUGAACACAUAAGCCUGUUACUUUCCUGAUGGGUUUUCUGAGAACGGUGGUAACCCAAUUAGUUAUGCCACCCACCCCACCAAAAAAGUGCCACUUUCCCAGAACAAAAAUGCUUAGCUGGUUUAAUGUAUUCCAUUCACCUAGAUACCCUAAACAGUCGCAAUGCAUCCUGUCACUGAGGCAGAUGCCCAGAUUUUUCUAUUUAAUUUGCCUAAAUGAAAAAAUAUGUGUUUUUAUAGGCUGGGCCUGUGAUUAGUUUGGUAGUAAAACUCAUACAUUUGUGGAAUAGAUGAAGAAACAAUGUUUCCUUCAAAGGUGCCUGUGUGCGUACGUUUGUGUUUGUGUGUGACAAGUAAAAAGGUAAAUUCAAAAGAAUGUGAAGAAAAAGGAUCCUGAGCUGCAGACUCUGAUGCUUUUUUUUAUGGAAACGGAGUGUGCACAAGCCGAAUCCACUUGUUAAAAAGGCUGAGCUAUCAUUGGCAUGCUGGUACUUCAUUAUAAAGAAGCAGCAGCCGCUGUGCUUAUAUAACGUCCCACUGACUCCAGUAAGACCACUGCUGCCCUCUAGUGCUGGAAACUAAGAGCUGCAGAAAGGUCAAAUGGGACAAAGUCAUUAAAACACAUCAGACCAGGCUUCAGUGCGUCUGAGCCACGAGGACACACAAGUGAAUCAACCACAUUUUUACUGAGGAUCAAAAGUGAGAGUAAAUGGAAAAUGGCAGUUACACAGAAGCAGACCUGAGCAUAAAUAGAAAACCAUGUAAAUGUAAAUUAUACAUAUUUUACAUUUAAUUAAUAGAUACAAUCUUUUGGGUUUUAAUAUUCCAUGUUGCACAGUGCAGAACCACACACUGUGUAGGCCUGUUUUAGUCGUAUUUUUCUUAAAAUACAUUUGUACAAUAUGGUAGAAAAAAGAAUGCA